ACCUUGGAAUAUCCCGAUUCCUCAUUUAUUGAUCCGAAAACGCUGCUAGAGCAAGAGACAGACAGACAGCCCGCUAUCGCUUUACCAGAAAACUCAUCCCUCAUCACCAUCGUCGCCAGAUCAAGCAACCACAAUGCCCAGACGAGCAACCAGAAUGUCGGACGGGGACAGAUACGUGUCGAUCCAAUGCGGCUCUCGCUGCGAAACCAUCGACAUCAGCACCAUCCAAACGUACCUCCCCGCCGCCGAGCGCGUCAUCGGACACAGCAACUGGAUGGACAUGGACCGGUACACCGCGAGCUCGCGGCCGCUGAUCGAAGGGAUCCUCACGCAGCGCGCAGUGCAGGAAACAACCCAAGAAUUCCUGAAGCACCUCCGGCAGGCCGACCACGCCGGCAGCCAAGAGACAGACCGCGCGCUCGCGCUCUGGCUCGACCAAUGCGCGCUGCAAGACUCUUUCCACACGCGCUCGCGGGUGCGUCGUCAAGAGACGUUCGCGACGUUCCUCUGCCUGGCAGACAUGUCGCGGCGGUUUGGCUCGCCCCGUCUCGCGGCCCUGCUUGCCCGCUUCUUCGCCGCCCACGCGGACGUCAUCUUGCAUGCGGAGCCGGCGCGCACGCUCCUCCUCUGGGCCUGGGCCAUCACGAUUUCCGACUUGACGGAGCGCGAGCAGCUCGCUUUUCUGCAGAAGUUUGUGCGCGCCCGCCCGGACGUCGUGCUGGAGGAGCGGUAUUACACGCACGCAAACGUGCCGGAGCGGCAGCGGCUGUGGCGGGCUUUCAUGCGGGCGUUGGGCGACGGCGACGACGACGACGACGGCUACGGCGGCUACGGCUACGGCUACGGCGGCGGCUAUGGUGGCGCUGCCGUCGGUGCUGGCAGGUACGAGCAAAGAGGCCGCGCAGGCGACUGCGAGCGCCGCCGCAGCCGCUCCCGCUCCCGUGUCGAGCGCUGGCGCUGCGUGCGCGAGGGGACGCGCUCGCGGAGCCGGCAUCUGCGGCUCGGAGGAGGGCGACGCGGCGGCGCGCAGCUGAUUGGCGACGGGGGGUGUGGCGAGCGCGAGCGGGCUGUCAAGCCGCCGCCGCGGCCGUGUCGGGGCCGGAACCGGGAGGCUAGAGAUGGGGUUGGAAGUGGGAGUGGGAUGGGGCAGGCGGGCUUGUUGCGCUGUGAUGUCGGGCAAUUGACGAGGGAGGUGCAGCGCAUGGGGAUGGGGAUGGGAAGGCCGUUUUGGGCCGACCAUUAUUCUUCGUUGGGGUGGGAGGAAGGGGGUUGGUGUGAGGGGUUUGGGUCUGGGUUUGGGGGGCAGGAGGGGCUGGAGGGGUGGGAGGUUUGUUUGAGGUGGUGAGGUGGUGGUUGAGGGGGGUAUGUACGUACCUGUGUGGUUCCUAUUUCUUUAUGCUUUUCAUGUUUCUUUUUGUGCGACGCAGUAGUUUGCCUUAGCUAGGUGUACCUAUGUGAAUCAUAUGUCAGCCUUCGUCAGUGUCCAAGAG